AUGUACAACCAAUAAUUUUCGCCAACCUUUUCAAACAUUCACUACUCAAGCUCUCCUAAAAAAAAUGAUGUCAGUGAUAUCACUGAUGAAGACUGUGAGGACGUUGAUGAGAUGAUGAUUGUCAGUGAUAGCAAAAACCAAAAAAAGGAGCAAAUAGACAAUUUGCAACUCCUAGCAGCAGCAGUCAGGGCUAUUACCAGAGGCAAAAUAGCUAAACCAAAAAAUAUGGUAAUUUACCCAGAUUAGUAAUUUAACGAGAAUAUAGAUUCUAACUUUGCAAGUAAUAGCAAAACCACUCCAUAUAAUCAGGAAAAUUAAGAAUUCACCUCUGAAACUAAAGUUGACCCAGAAAACGAAUAGGACUUUAGAAAAGCUUAUCAGAGAUUAGUAGAAAAAUUGGGAAAAGAAGAGGGAGCUCAUUUACUGAUUCCACAAGAUGAUUUAAAGAAAAUGUAAUAAAGCUAAAAGUUAAGAGUAGAGGACAUCCAAUAAAAGGUAAUCCAGUUCGAAGAUAAAAAGAGACAAAAAAUACACUUGUUGAAGGAAGAGAAAGAAUCUAAAGAAAUUGAAGAGUGCAUAUUCACACCAUAAAUAAUGACUAGAAAGAGAAAUGAAGCACCUCAGCCAAGAAACCUUGAUCAAUUCUUAUAAGAUCAAAAAAGGUUUGAAGAGCUAAAAAAAUAAAAAUAGCAAGAAAGAUUAGAGGAAAAUGCAAAGUCAUAAAUGUCUUAAACUAUUAAAUCAACAUAUGUCAAUGAAAAAUCUAAAAGAAUGCUUGAGUAGAGGUAAAUUAGAUAAACCUCACAAUAAAGAGAAGAACCUUAAUAAUUCAUGGACUCUGCUAGAUAAUAAAUUAAUCACAGAAACAAGGAAAACGGUAGUAUUACUAGAUUUGGUAGCACAGGAUUUGGUAAUAAGCUCAAUAGUUCAGCAAGUAAAGCUAAUGAGUAUUCCUUCCAGCCUUCGAUUACUAAGAAAUCUCAAAAUAUGUAGAGAGAUAGGCCAGUUUAAGAUGUACUCUAUGAAGAAGCAUUCAGAAGAAAAGCAAAGCUUUAGUAAAAAGAAAAGGAAAUUUACAAGCAGCAUGAAAAGCAAGUAAAUAAGGAAUCUUAAAAGCUUGUAAUAUAAAAGUUCUAGAGGGAGUUCCAACAAGCUUUGAAUGACUUAUUUCAAACGGAAUUCGUUUUAAAAGAGAUAAACUAUCUGAAUAUGAAGUAGCUGUUAGUAAUAAUGGGUUUCUGCACUGAAUCAGCUGCUAAUUCAGACUCAAACGAGAGAGUGUUACUUUACGAUAUUUGGAGAAUAUUAGAGGGAGAUCAAAGAGAUUAUGUCCUAAUUGAUGAUCUUAGGACUUUGAUGAUGUCAAUUGCCAAAAUCACUGAGUAUAAGAGAAUAAAUGUAGUCCCAGAUGAAGAGGAGUCUUAGAAUAUAGAUUAGAAUGCAGUAGGUUUUUUCAAUAAGAAGGGUUAGUUUUGUUUAAGAUCUGAGGAUAUUUCAAUCAUUUACAGACAGUUCGACUUAUUAAAUGUCAACAGAAUUCAGCAUCUUGGAAGACUUUAAUAAGAGAAAAGGAAUAAUCAGAGGCAUGAUCAUAGUUUCAAGCCCUAGAUCUCUAAGAAAACAGAGACAUUUGAAUGGUUGUCUGCUUAGGGAAAUAAAGAUGAAUGGAGGUAAAAUGCCAAGUAAGUGCUAGAAUAGGAGGAACUUAAGGAAUGCACUUUUAAGCCAAAUUUAGUGUAAGGAGAAUCCUCAAACUAAAGAUCUAUACUAAGUGCAAAUAAGAGACAAGGCCAUAGUCAAAUUACUAGUUAAACAAGACUGAGAGAUGGCUAGAGCACAGACAGAUUCAAUGAACUUUACAACUUAGCUAAAAACUAAAAGAGAAUGCAUAAGUAGGAUAAGACUACAGAAGAAAUAGAAUAUGAAAAGUAGAAGGAAGAGUGCUCAUUCGUUCCUAAUGUUCACAAAAUUAACAACUAAUCAGAGUGCUUACCUCCGACACAGCAUGAAAGACCAAUUGUUGACGACAAGUACAUAUAGAAGGACAUUGAGAGGAAGAGAAAGGCAAGAGAGGAAAGAGAAAGAGUCAAGAAAUUCACUGAGAGAGGAAUCAUUCUCAAUGAAUCUUAAUCAAGAUAGAAUAACGCAAGUUAAUACAAUUAGAAAAGACCUUCAACUAUGACUAAUGCAAAUUCAUACUCAAGAACCUCAAAUGAUUUCAAUCAGCCGAUGAGUUAAAGAGGUAGCAUCAACAGCACAAGAGGGGUCCAGCAAUAACAAUAGCAAAUUCAGAAUAGACCUCAAGUGUCAAAUAGCAAAAGCAAGAAUCUGAAUGCCUUUAAUCCUAGUUCUAACUAGCAAAUAGUUGAGAACAGCUCUAUUGCUACUCCUGCAAAGUAAUAUAGAUAUUCUGACUAAGAAACUCUUAGGCAAGCAAAGCAAAAUCAUCAAUAGUUGCAACAGUAAUAACAACAACAACUUGUGAAUUAGAAAAUUCAAAAUCAACAAAAGACUCAAGAAAUAAAGAAAGAAGAAUAGCCUUUAUUAUUCAUAGACAUCAACUUAGGUGAGGAAAGCUCAGAGAGAAUUGUGGUCUUUGAAGGAGAUUCCGCUUAGGAACUUGCAAUGAGAUUCUGUGAAAUACACAAUCUUGAUGAGGAAACUCAGAUGAAACUAGAAGAGCAGUUAGCAGCUCAAAUACGAUCAGUCCUCUCUAAGAUUGACGAGGAAUCAGAAUUAAGAACUCAGGAAUGA